AUGGAUCCCCAGGAUAAAGAACUCAUCAUUAAAACAGAUACCAUCACAUGGCAUAGUUCAUUUAAUCAGGUGCAACCACUUUCUCUCUGCAAUGAGAACUGCCAACAGGGUUACAGCAGAAGAAAAAAAGAGGGAAAGCCAUUUUGCUGCUAUGAUUGUGUUCCAUGUGAAGAUGGAAAGAUUUCAGAUCAGAAGGAUACAGAUGAUUGUUUCCAAUGCCCAGAAGAUCAGUAUCCAAACAAAAACAAAGAUCAAUGCCUUCCUAAAAGAAUUAACUUCCUCUCUUUCACUGAACCCUUGGGGGUCACAUUAAUUUUUUUGGCUCUGAUGUUAUCUGUAAUCACAGUUUGGGUGCUUUGGAUAUUCACAAUACAUCGGAACACUCCCAUUGUCAAAGCCAACAAUCGGGAUCUAACCUAUUAUCUCCUUAUAUCCCUCCUGCUGUGUUUUCACUCCUCAUUCUUGUUCAUUGGCAAACCACAGACCCUGACCUGCUAUUUGCGACAAACCACUUUUUCCAUCAUUUUUUCGGUAGCUAUUUCUUGCAUAUUGGCCAAAACUGUCACUGUGGUUCUUGCUUUCAUGGCCACCAAGCCAGGAUCCAAAUUGAAAAAAUGGGUAGGAAAAAGACUGGCCAACUUUAUUCUUCUUGGCUGCUCCCUGAUUCAAGCUGGGAUUUGUUUUGUAUGGUUAUGGAUAUUUCCUCCUUUCCUAAACUUUGACUUUCAUGCUUUGGCUGAAGAAAUUGUGGUGGAGUGCAACGAAGGAUCAGAUAUCAUGUUUUAUUGUGUUCUGGGUUACUUGAGUUUUCUAGCCAUUGUUAGCUUCACUGUGGCAUAUUUUGCUAAGAAACUGCCUGACAUUUUCAAUGAAGCCAAAUUUAUCACCUUCAGCAUGUUGGUAUUUUGCAGUGUGUGGUUUUCUUUUAUUCCCUCUUACUUGAGCACCAAGGGAAAAUACAUGGUGGCUGUAGAGGUCUUUUCCAUCUUGGCUUCUAGUGCUGGAUUAUUGGGCUGUAUUUUUUUCCCUAAGUGCUAUAUAAUUCUGUUUCAGCCUAUAUUAAACAGCAAGGAUUUGCUCAUUAGAAGGAAAUAG